AGCCCCGGCACAAUAUUUAUGUUUUGCAUGGGAAGCAAAAGUAAAUUGCAUUCCAUAAACUCGUGAAAAAUUAGAUUAUCGGGCUAAUGCCAUUCCGAUUAGCUCUAUCACGAUGACGAUCUUUAAUCUGUACAUAUUCGACAAGUUUGGCACACUUCUACAUUACGCAGAAUGGAAUCGCACCAAAAAAUCGGGAAUCACGAGAGAGGAGGAAGCAAAACUAACAUACGGAAUGCUCUUCUCCAUCAAGUCAUUUGUGAGCAAAAUAUCACCACACGACCCUCGCGAGGGAUUCCUGUACUAUAAGACUAACCGCUACGCCCUACAUUAUCUGGAAACUCCCUCGGGGCUAAAGUUCGUUCUCAACACGGAUACGACGGCCAUCAAUGUAAAGGAACUGCUGCAGCAACUGUACGCCAAAGUGUGGGUGGAGUACGUGGUGCGGGACCCACUGUGGACGCCAGGUACUGUGGUCACCUCGGAGCUGUUCCAAUCCAAGUUGGACGAGUUCGUCAAGCAGUCCCCCAUCUUUGGCAUUCGCAAUAUUUAAACAAAUAAAUAGCUCUAAACUCA